UUCUGGAAACCUCUUGCUUUGGAAUUUGCAGGUAGUGGGGGUUGCAAGGCAGAAUUCUGUGGAAUGCUGAACUGUUUUGUUUUGUUUUUUUUGAGCCAACUGUCUUUCCUGAGGGCCCUGAUCCACUGGAGCUUGGCAAAGGAGGAGGCUUUCCUCUGGAGCUCUUGGCAUUCCCUGUGCCAAUUCAGGAAUGCCAAUAUCAUCAUUUAGUGACUGUGUGACUGUGAUCAGAGAGAUAUUACCAACUGAGAAAGAAGCAAAGAAGGUCUUUCUUUCCUCGUCUCUGUGAACCUGACCAUGUGGAGACAGACUCUUGGCCCAAAUUGGGUCAGAAGCCAAUUCUGGCUCACCGGAGCCCACCUUGGAGUGGAGAGGUGGCUGGCGGCAGCUUGCUGAGCGGCUUGGCAUCUUGGAGUUGUGGCAGCUAUUGUCCAGUUUAGUGGCCUCAGCUUUAGUGGAAGGAGAAGGUGGUGUCGGAUCUCCCCCCCAAGGAAGGGAAUCCAACCCAGGAGAGUAUCCCUGCUCUGCAACCUUUCAUCCAGCUCCAGGGCUAUAGUGAAGCCAGUCCUCCCAGCUGGGCAGAAAGGACGUGAAUGAAGUCAGAGCAAUGAGAAAACAAAAAGAAUGUACAAGCAUGGGAGAUGUGGCCCUGACACGUCAGGAGAAGGAUAUAGCUCUUCCCCAAGUCAGCAGCAUAGAGGAGAAGGAAGGAGGGACUUCUGGAGUCCUGGCUGCCAGGAUUCAGGUAAGUUCCUAUUACUGUCUUUCUCCUUUGUUCUGUCUCCUCCCUUGGCCUCUCUUUUCUAACAUUUCGUUCCUUUCUUCACUCAAAUUGUGCUCACUCGAAUUCAUGUUGGGACCCAAGCCUCAGUAGAUUGAGUAGCUCAGUGGAUGGAGAGGCAGGCCUAGAGAUGGGAGGUCCUGGGUUCAAAUCUGACCUCAGACACUUCCCAGCUGUGUGACCCUGGGCAAGUCACUUAACCUCCAUUGCCUAGCCCUUACCACUCUUCUGCCUUGGAACCAAUACACAGUAUUGAUUCCAAGAUGGAAGUUGAGGGUUUAAAAAAAAAAAGAAUGGAAUUUUGAGAAAUUUUUUAAAAGAAGUGACAGUAGCAGGGUGUGUCAGACAGCUGUGGAAGUGGCAUGUUGAACUUAUUAUAUAGUUUUCAAAAGGCAGCAUAAUAGAGGUUGGCCUUUAUAGAGAGAGAAGUCAUCGUUCCAUUUGAUAGACGUUAAAUGAAGAACGUUUAAGCAAUCUCUUCAAAUCUAAUGAAGAUGAGAAGGAAGGAGGAAGCAAGUGCUGGAGAAACAGAAAUCAUCCCUCGAUGCUGUGUGGAGUUGCCUCGAUGGAAUUUCACGCUUAGUUCUCAGAUUCCCAUUUGGGGUGGCCAUGACGAGUCAGGGACUGCUGGGAAGACAGCAUCCAGGGUCGUCAGAGGCCCCAAAUUCAUGUCAUACAAGGAAGGAUCCAUUGAACAGACAUGUAGGUAAGAGACCAGAGAGAGAGCUGGUCCAGCCUGUUUGGUUGGUAGGUGGCAGACUAGCUCUCUUCUGCUGGGCCCCAUACAAUAGCUUCUCAGAAGUUUGUAGUCAUUGAAAGAAGCCACGAAACGUCUCUGGCUGGAGACUGUUGCUCUCUCCUUUCUCUGACAAGCACAGGCUCAUCUUGUAGGCAGCCACUUGUAGGAGGAGCUGAUGCAGCAUAACAUGUCAAAUGGCUGAGAGUUAGGGCUGCUAGACAGGCGGGUGAUCUUUCUCUUCCUCUAACCCUCACUAAUAGAUAAUUAUGAAUUAAGUUACAAUCUCCAGGAAAUUACAAUCAUAAUCAUAGAAAUAAUCAAUAGAGGAAAAACCAGUUGCAGACAGCUUGACAUGAGACUCAUUUAAUUCAGAUCAUUCUGAAAGCUUUUGUGGUGGAACAACAACAAUGAGGACAAAUUGGCCACAUCUGUUACAGAUGUUUCUAUUUCAGCCAUUAGUGACAUUGGAGUUAUCAUGUUUUCACUCCUGCCUAGCAGACACCACUACUCUCAAGGAGGUAGAAAUUAAGGAAAACAAAGGCCAGAAGGAUGACUGAAACAGACCAAAUAGGAGGCCUGGGCCUGGGUCUACACAUUUCUCAGGGCAUACAAAUACUGAUAAAGUGCAUUUUGGUUCAGUAUUCCCAGUUACAGGGGAAAGCAAUUUUUGACAUUUAUUUUUAAACAUUUUGAGUCCCAAAUUCUCUCCCUUCCUCUCCCCACUCAAUGAAAUGAGAAAUAAUUUGAAAUAGGUUAAACAUGUUGGAAUGGAGUAAGGAAGAAGAAAGAAGAAAGAAAAACUGGGAACACUGAAAAGUUUUUAAAAUGCACUGAAAAAAGUCAAGAAGUAACCAUAGCAAAAGAGGUCAGCUUUGACAGUGGUGUGUUGAAUUUACAGUUAAAAGAAAAGCAACAUAUUUCCAUAUUAGUCACGAUAUGGAAGACAAUAUAUGAAAAAAAUACAUUCAUGAAGCUAAUCAAGGGUAAAAUGGUAAACAUCACUCUGCAUUCACUCUCCCAUCAGUUCUCUCCCUGGAGGUACACAGCAUUUUUCAUCAUAAUUCUUUUGUCAUUUGGAUAUUUCUAUUGCUGAGAAGAGAGCUAAAUCAUUCAGAGAUCAUUGUGCAAUAUUGCUGUUACUGUGUGCAGUCAUCUCCAGGUUCUGUUCCCUUUGCAUCCGUUCAUAUAGGUCGUUCCAGGGUGUUCAGAAAUUCCUCUGGUCCUCAUUUCUUAUAGCACAGUAAUAUUCCACCACAAUCAUAUGCCCUAACUUGUUCAGCCAUUCCCCAAUUAAUGAACAUCCUCUUAAUGUCCAGUUCUGAGAAAAAGCAUUUUUAAGGUGUUUUGGAUGCUAUGAUGAUGUUAGUGCUGAAACAGUAUAUCCAAAAGACUUCACUUACUACUUCUCUCUUCAAUUACUUCCCCAUCAUGAUGAGAAUGAGGAAUAGCUUUGAUGGGAGGAGAAGGGAACAAUAUUACAUCACAGACCACAACUAGACUAUCAUAACUGGGUGCAAAGAGUAGAGAGUAAUGGGUUCUUCUAGUUGGAUUGUUGUUUAGAAAACUGAUUUGAUUCAAUUAUGGAAAAUAAAACAUUCUAAAUUCUCCUUCAAUCAUGUAUUCCUUUUGCCUGUGCUAAGAGCAUGCAAGAUUACAGAAGACAGGACUGCAGGAUGAGCCCGAUUAUUCAUAUCAAGCAAAGCUUAAAAGAAGAGACCAAUAUUUGUGAAAAGCACUUGGAAAGCUUAUGUAAGAAGAAUGGGGAAUGAGAGAUGGAAUGGUUCUAGGCUACAUUUUUACCUUUGGGGAAUAUACAGUCCAGAGGAAGGCUCACAGCACAUGGAUGAAAGCUCCUCUGCAGGUUAUUCUGUUAGCAUUUAGACAAGAGUAACCGAUCUGGAAGAAUGGAUGGAUUACAAUCUCCACUCUCCAGAGAGUCCUCAACACCAAGAUCACUGAUUGCACAUUGUACAUAGUUAAUAAUUAUUAUAACAUGGAGAACUGAGUUUUGUUUUGGUCUGUUCUGUAUUAAGAUUUGAAAUGCUGACCUAGGAGAGAAAGCAACAUACGCUUCGGAGUUGGAAUGGGAAGAAUUCUUAGCCUGUUGGACCAUUUAGGAUAUUCUCCUUCUGAGAAAAUCAGCCCUGAAGAGGUUUAUCAGAAUUGGAGAAUGAUUGCUAUAUGGUAGAAAUUAAUAUUUGGAAUCUUUGACAUUCAAGGAUGUGGCUGUGGAGUUCACCUGGGAAGAGUGGAGACACCUGGAUCCUGCACAGAGGGCCCUGCACAGGAAUGUGAUGCUGGAGAACUAUGAGAACCUGGUCUCCAUAGGGAUUCCCGUUUCCAAACUAGAUUUGCUCUUCCUGUUGAAGAGAGAAGAUGUACAGAAUGAAGAGGGAGAAGCUGGGACAGGCACUUGUACAGAAGGAAAGAUCAGACUUGAAAUGAAAGAGAUGAUUACAGAGCUAUGCCUUUCUGGGGAAGAAAUUCAGAGGCAAAGAUGCGUUGGUGAUGGUGCCUGUGAUUCCACUUGGAGGGAAAACUUAGAUGUACAUCAGAAAAACCACACUGGAAGAAAACCUUACGAAUGUAAUCAAUGUGGUAAAAUAUUUGCACAUGGAGCUGCUCUUUCUGUACAUCAGAGAAUCCACACUGGAGAAAAACCUUAUGAAUGUAACCAUUGUGGGAAAACAUUCAAAGAGAGGGCCAGUCUCACUGUACAUCAGAGAAUCCACACUGGAGAGAAACCUUUUGAAUGUAAUCUCUGUAGAAAGGCUUUUAUACGGAGGACCAGGCUUACUGUACAUCAGAGAAUCCAUACUGGAGAGAAAGGUUAUGAAUGUAAUCAAUGUGGAAAGACUUUUACACGGAAGUCUAGUCUUACUGUACAUCAAAGAAUCCACACUGGAGAGACUCCUUAUGAAUGUAAUCAAUGUGGAAAGGCUUUUACACACAGGACCAGUUUUACUGUACAUCAGAGAAUCCAUACUGGAGAGAAACCUUAUGAAUGUAAUCAGUGUGGAAAGGCAUUCAGAUGUAGAAUGAAUAUGGUUAAACAUCAGAGCAUUCACACUGGAGAGAAACCUUAUGAAUGUGAUCAAUGUGGAAAGGCUUUUACACAGAAGUCUGGUCUUAUCAUUCAUCAAAAAAUCCAUACUGGAGAGACUCCUUAUGAAUGUAAUCAAUGUGGAAAGGCUUUCAGACACAGGUACCGUCUUAAUCUACAUCAAAGAAUCCAUACUGGAGAGAAACCUUAUGAAUGUAAUCAAUGUGAAAAGGCUUUUACAGACAAGGCCAGGUUUACUGUACAUCAGAGAAUCCAUACUGGAGAGAAACCUUUUGAAUGUAAUCUCUGUGGAAAGGCAUUCAGAUCUAGAAAUAGUAUGGUUAAACAUCAAAGCAUUCACACUGGAGAGAAACCUUAUGAAUGUGAUCAAUGUGGAAAGGCUUUUACCCAGAAGUCUGGUCUUAUCAUACAUCAAAGAAUCCACACUGGAGAGACUCCUUUUGAAUGUAAUCAAUGUGGAAAGGCUUUCAGACUCAGGUACCUUCUUAAUCUACAUCAAAGAAUCCAUACUGGAGAGAAACCUUAUGAAUGUAAUCAAUGUGGAAAGGCUUUUACAGACAGGACCAGUCUUAAUCUACAUCAAAGAAUCCAUACUGGAGAGAAACCUUAUGGAUGUAAUCAAUGUGGAAAGGCUUUUACACACAGGACCAAUCUUACUAUACAUCAGAGAAUCCACACUGGAGAGAAACCUUAUGAAUGUAAUCAAUGUGGAAAGGCAUUUAGAUGUAGGAAAAGUAUGGUUACACAUCAGAGCGUCCACACUGGAGAGAAACCUCAUGAAUGUGAUCAAUGUGGAAAGGCUUUUACACACAGGACCAAUCUUACUGUACAUCAGAGAAUCCACACUGGAGAGACUCCUUUUGAAUGUAAUCAAUGUGGAAAGGCUUUCAGACGUAGGUUCAGUCUCAAAGUACAUCAGAGAAUCCAUACUGGAGAGACUCCUUUUGAAUGUAAUCAAUGUGGAAAGGCUUUUAUAGAUAGGUCCAAUUUUACUGUACAUCAGAGAAUCCACACUGGAGUGAAACCUCAUGAAUGUAAUCAAUGUGGAAAGACUUUUAUAGACAGGUCCAGUCUUACUGUACAUCAGAGAAUCCACACUGGAGAGAAACCUUAUGAAUGUAAUCAAUGUGGAAAGGCUUUUACACAGAAGUCUGGUCUUACUGUACAUCAGAGAAUUCACACUAGAGAGAAAUCUUAUGACUAAUCGGCUUAGUAAAGUCCUCAGUCAAAAGUCAACCCUUAUUUCCCCUCAGGCACUGCCAAGUCAGUAAACAGCAGUCCUUGAGGGCAGCUGUGUCGACCCCAGCCUUACCUUUGGGAACUUUUGCUCUACUGAUGACCCUGGGGUCAAGAUGCUGAUUAAAGGAAGAUUGCAGGACCCUCCACUGGCCCUGGACGUGGGGCCUCAGCACAUUGAUCAGACAUGGUCCCAGGCUGUGCCUAAUGAUGGAAGAGCACACAAAUAAGAGCAAUGGAAGUAAUCCAAGGCUAACGUUCGCACAAUUCAAGCUGAAUCCCUUUCUUUUUCCCUAUGGAAUCAUGAAUGUGAUUACCACUUGAGUUUAGGAAGAUGAGAAAUAGAGACUGCUUGGUGUCUCAUAGCAUGAGUCUUCAGGGGCCUAGAAGGGAGUCUCCAUGAUCUUCAAUGUUAGGUCUAGUCAUUUAAAGGUGAUUAGGUAUAAGAAAAAAAUAAUCACAUACUGAGGAAAGACAUCAGAAUGCAGAAUGGAGAUAGAGAUUGGGGCCUAGUAUCAGCCCUGGCCUAGUCUGUUAGUAAACAUUAAUGAAGCAGCUACUGUAUUCUAGCCCCUGAGGACACAACGGGAAACAAAAGACAGUCCCUGUUGUCAGAGCUUAGAAUCUAGUAUACAAACAUAGUGAUAGUUCAAGAAGAAAUAGCAGCCUCUGAUAAUCAGAGAGAUGCAAAUCAAAACAACUCUGAGGUAUCACCUCACACCUAGCAGAUUGGCUAACAUGAGAGCUAUGAAUGCUGGAGGGGAUGUGGCAAAGUCAGGACAUUAAUUUAUUGCUGGUGUAGUUGUGAAUUGAUCCAACCAUUCUGGAGGGCAAUUUGGAACUAUGCCCAAAGGGAGAUAAAAGACUGCUUACCUUUUGACCCAGCCAUAGCAUUGCUGGGUUUUUACCCCAAAGAGAUAAUAAGGAAAAAGACUUGUUCAAGAAUAUUCAUAGCUGCACUCUUUGGGGUGGCAAAAAAUUGGAAAAUGAGGGGAUGCCCUUCAAGUGGGGAAUGGUUCAACAAAUUGUGGUACAUGUUGGUGUUAAUUUAGUUUCUAGGAAUAAAAGUAUUAUAUUUU